AUGCCUACUCAACUCGAUAGAGCACUCAACUCCAAGAACCUCUUCUUCGGAUUUGCAGGUCUGGUUGCCGCAUCAGCAGCAUGGUCAAUCUUUGGUAGCGACAUCUUCCCUCAACAGCCUGAUCCAACCGGUGAACCCGAGAACUGGACAGAGGAAGAAAUGAGAAGAUGGUUGAACCGUCGUAACCUCAUGGCCAGCAGUUCAUCAACCAAGGAGGAGCUUUUGGCUAGAGUAAAAGCCAACAUGCGUGCACCUCAGUAG